GUGGGCCACAUAGCUCUAGAGACCUGGAUCGGAGCAUAUGGCGCGGAGUUUCAGAUUUUCAGAGAACGCCAUCCGAGCAGAGUUCCCGAAGAUCUCGGUACCAUGGGCUACUCUGGUGAGGAGGCAAUGUAUGUCUCUCAGGAUGUCCUCCAGGAAGCCUAUGGAGCUACCGGGCACACCCUGCAGUUCUACAUGAGCUACAAUACCUCGAACUAUGAUGCAAAGAAGCACUUCGACAAGCUGACGGACCUGCCAGCCGAGGAUACAACGGCCAUGAACCCGUACGCCCAAUGGACGGGUGAUCUCGACGGCCUCGUCGAGGUUGCCGGAGGAUAUCACGCCAAGUGUCCCGACGGGCGCUUCUGGAUUUCCCCAGCUUGUCGUCACAACGCGUCGAAGUGUAUUCCAGUUGUAUCUAACCGUCUCGGGUGGCUGGUGGACACGUUCAUGUUCUGGUCAGCUGCCUACGGGAUGCCCACCGCCAUCGGAAUAUCGCUGAGUGUUCAACUGCAUAUAGAUCAUUUUACCAACCAUCGAAGCCUGACCUACUGGUAUCGACCGGAUGUGCGGUUUGCACAUCUGGACCCGCAGCCAAUUAUAUUCCCGAGGCACCGCGCGAGUGAGUGGGCACAGGGAAACAAGCGAAGCAUGACCCAGGGAUCCUACAUUGGGAAGCUCGUUGCCCGCGAACUGUGCUUUCAGGCUUUCAAUGCCUACGAGUUUGUGAAGAAUAUGGAGUUUGAUUUGUCUGAAGUGCAAACUCAGCUGAUGAAGGUGGCCACGGAGAAUCAAUCGCUAGAGGUGGUUGCGUGUGAGCAGUGGACCACAAGUCGUGUGGCGCUCGGACAGGAGAGGUUCGGACCAACUGGAACUGCUCCCGGGCUUCUUCUCCAGCCCAGAGGAUCCCGGUUCCGUCUUCAGAUGUGA